AUGCUCCGAAAGGUCGAUGAAGCCAGCGCAGCUCUUCGGCGUGGUGAUGCCAACCUGGCGGAGAGGGCGUGGGAAGGGCAGCGAGUCCUCCGCAAGCGCGCGCGAUCGCGAAUGAUGCUGGUGCAAGACAGCAAGAACCGGGCUUAUGUGUCUCCAACCUUGUCGAACAUGAAACUGAAUGCGCCAGUUCUGAAGCCUUUUACAGAGGCUAUGGCCGAAGCUGGGAAAAUUCGGAAGCCCGUUCGACUGAUCAAGGCAGCGCUUCACAAGUUCUACGAUGGAGAAACUGAGCAGAUGGAGGAGACUGCUGAGACUGCGGAGAUGAAACUCCGAAGGGAACGGAACAUCAACAAAACAGCAAAAGCGAUCGCGUGCAUGCUGACCGUCAUCAAACGAAAGUGGACGAAAUGGGAACAGGAGAUCCGUGACAUGGUGUAUGAUUUGGCAGCAGCUUUCUCGAAAGCAUAUUCCGAAGGACGCUGUGCGUUAGCAAAGUCCCCGAAGCGAUCUUGUUCUAGCGUCACUGGUGACACCAGCUUCGACAGUGAGAUUCACAGUGACAUGGACGACGAGUCACUGCGAGCGGAUCUGCAUUCCCUUUCCCGGGCGUCCAGUGCGCCGGAACAGUGCCUCAUUGCGCCGCCGCAAAAGGCUUUGGAGAAAGUCUUAGGAUUUUCACUGGACCCGGAGUUUUAUCGGAAGAUAGUGAAGAAGUGCGCCGGUGAUGACAAGCCUGAGGCACUGGAGCCGGUCGUGGACCUUCCCGGUGCGGGUGUAGGUUUGGUUCCAGCUCCCGAUGAAGUUGGGGCUUCGCUUGUUGUGGAGCCCCCAAUGCCCGAAGACUCGCAGGCCCCGCCCGAUCCUGUUGUGCCCGAGAGGAUCCCGGACCCGACCCCCGAGAAGCAUACGGCUCAACCUCCUUUGUCGCCUGGAAGCCCUGGAGUUGAAAUUGUUUCAGUUUCCGCAGCACCAGCUGGCGGCAAAGGCAUGUCGGCUGCUACAGGCUUGGCCCGUCAGCUUGCGGGGAUGGACCCGUCAAAGCUGAAGGAGAUACUGGAUGUUGUGAAUGAGAAGCAGCUUGACAGUAUUCGGCUGCAGAUGAAGUCCAAGGGUUUUGUGGAGGAGAAGGGAAAGGAACCAGUUGUUGAUCGUCAUGUUCGACGUAAGUUGAACUUCGAUGGCAAGUCCACGGACCAAGUCGAGACACAGCAUUGGGAGGUUCAGCCCGAGCACUACAUCGAUGCAUGGAUGAUGCAGCAGCGCAGUGAGCAUGCGACAAGGGUUGAGGCAGCAGAGGCCCGAAAGCGAGCCUUGCUGCAAGCCCGUGACAAGGAGCUUGCGGAGAUACAUCAAGAGGAGCUCAAGGCGAAACUGCGUCGACGUGAGCAGCUGAAUACUUCCUUGCGGGUCGGCAAGGACGAGGCCGAGAUUGUUGGCAAGCCAAUGGCACUGACCGCCGCCAAGAAGGCCAAGGACACAAAGGAGGACGAGCCCGAGAAGGCUGACGGGGACGACGGUGAUGGGCCCGAAGAAGCUUCGGGAUCUAAAGACAAGCCGAAGAAAGCCUCGGGAAAAAAGGCCGCGACCAAGGCAAAGGCCAAAGCCGCGCCGAAGUCGAAAGCGAAAUCCGCCCCGAAGUCGAAAGCCGCCCCGAAAUCGAAAGCCAAGGCCAAGGCCUCUGCUGCACCCGCGGUGAAGGCUGCAGAUGAUGCUUCGGAUGCCGAGGCCGAUGAUACCCGUGUUUCGGCGACGGCAACGAGUACGACUUCAAAGAAGAAGCUCAAGCGCCUCUCCUCGAAGCGCCGAUUGCUCUGCAAGGCAAAGAAGGGCAAGAAGGCAAAGGAAUCCGCUCCCACAGAGUACUAUGGUGAGUGGACGCAGGAGGAGUGGUCAGCUUGGGAGCCCCCUGCAAAAAGGGUUCGGGUUCGGGGCAAGAAGGCUGCCAGCGCAGCCGAGCCCGAGGAGACCCAUGUCCCCGACGACCCCGAGGAGCCGAAGGAGGCCGAGCCCGAGGAGGACGAGGACGACGAGGAGCAGAAGGGGGACGAGGAGAUCGCCACGUUCGCGCGGCGGUAUUGUCCUGCACGCCCAUGGUACAGGGCGAAGUUUUUGGCCAUCCGCGACGCCUUCAGAUCCCGUAUCCGGCCGUUUUUAGUGUGGCCAUGCAAGUACGAGGAUUACUUCUGGCGCCAUGUGGCCACGGCCACGAAGCAGGACCCGGUCGCGACUGCCGAGGAUUGGGUGGAUGUGGCACAGAACCUCACUUUUGAUUUCUUGAUGACAGACCGUGCCAGUAUCUUGUCUUGUGCAUUGUAA